AUGACAGAUUGCAGACAUUUAGUUGUUCCUGUUCUACAAGGGAUGAAGCUUUCUGUGGAAGAUUGUCCAAAGUCUCCUAGCAUGACCAAAGUUCCUUAUGUAAGUGCUGUUGGUAGCUUGAUGUAUGCUAUGGUCUGUAUGAGACUAGAUAUUGCACAAGCAGUGGGAGUCCUUAGUCAGUUUAUGGCUAAUCCUGGACAGGUGCAUUGGGAUGUUGUGAAGAGAGUGUUCAAAUAUUUGCGGGGUACUUCCGACUAUUCCCUUUGUUUCCAUGGUAAUCCUUCUGGACCUCGACAUUCCUUGAGUAUUCAUGGGUAUGUUGAUUCUAAUUGGGCAGGUGACAUAGAUAGCAGAAGAUCCACCAGUGGAUAUGUGUUCACGAUGUUUGGUGGUGCAAUGAAUUGGAUGAGCAAGUGA